AUGCCAACCCUACCCUCCGUGAACCACUACCGAGAAGAAUCUCUCUCCUCCUUCACCUACACUACUCCCUCUGCCUUCUCGGGGUCCAUCGUCGGUUCGAUCUCUCGCCGCAACCGCCGCUCCUUCGCUGCCUUAGCACAGAGAACCUCUAGCGCGUUCGCCAGUCUCUCGACGAUCGGCACGCCGACUACGACGCUACGGUCUCCGGCCUCCAACAGCAGUCUCUCCAAACACGCCAGGCCGGCGAGCACCACCCCCUUGACCCCGCCAUUCUCCGACGAAGACACUUACGAGCAAUUGUCUGGCCUUUCGCGCCCUGGUUCCCCGGAACCGCAACCUAUCCACAAACGACGCCUGACUCUGCAGCGCGUCCCGACCCCGCCGCUCGAAUCUCGCCCUGUGCAAUCGGGCUCUGCGCCAACCGCGCCUCCCAAAAUGCAUCAGACUUCGUCGCGCCUGCUGCGAAUGACCGAGGAUGAAAGGCCUUUCACCAAGGAUUUCAUGGAUUUGUUCUCAACCUUAAUGGUGAGCUUGAAGUUGGACUCUCACCGGGUUCGCUUCACGAGAUAUGACCACACCUUCACCUCGGAAGAGGCGAUAAACAACUUGGGAUCGCUCAAGUUCUCCCAGUCCAAUCGCAUGCCCGACCCCAAAGACCCCUCGCGCAUCGUGACUACCACCACAACCACCACUUUUUCGAUGGCCAAGGAAAUGGCGCGCUCCGUCUGCCAGCGCUUUGUGGACGCUCGCUUCAUUGAGUCGGUUGACGGAAAGGCGCUACCCAUUUUUCCGCUCAAGGGAGCCCUGUUCCAACUGACCCCCAAGGGCAUCAACAUCCUGCAGCGAUUCUGUCAGCGAAACGGUAUCACCGCUCGUCACGUGAUGGACGUUCUGGAAUCGCCGCGUAACACCAUGCAAUUGGUGAACCUGGAGCGCGACACUGAGACCGACAAGCUGUCGCACGACCGAGCCACCGUCGAGGUGAUCUUCCGCCGCUUCGCUGGACAGGAUGGACCCAACGUCAAGAGCAGCAUUUCGACUUCCGACUCCGACUCGCUCAGCGACUACUCCAAUGGCAUUGUGGGUGUGAAGAUGGCGCGGGAGCGGAAAUUGCAGGAUGGCAAGAUUUACACCAACACUUUCACCGGAAAGGGCGCGGUGGACUGGUUGAUGGACUGUUCGACGACGAUUGAGCGCCGGGAGACCUGCUUGAUUGCGGAGCUUUUCCUCAAGUACGGCCUGAUCACCAUGAUCCAGGAUGACAAGUCCUUCCCCGACUCUGAUGUCGUCUUCCAGCCGUCCAAGUACGCCAUCUACUGCAUCACCGAGCGAGGACAGCGCGUGUGUGGAUGGAUCGCUCGGGAGAAGUCCCAGAACAGCAACACGGUGACAUACGACAGCCGCGGUAUGCCCCGCGAUUCCAACAACGCCCGCUUGACCCACAUCCUGGGAGACCCCGCCCUCCGCCUCCUGUUCCGCGAGUUUCUACGUUAUUCUCUGUGCGAGGAGAACCUGUCCUUCUAUCUCGAUGUGUCCGAAUUCACCGCCAACUACCACAAGGCCGAGAAGGCGGGUGCUUUCACCAAGGUCGACUCGGUCCGGGAAACCCUGGCGGCCGCGUACGGUUUGUACAACGCGUUCCUGGCUCCUGGAUCUCCCUGCGAGUUGAACAUCGAUCAUGCUCUGCGCAACAGUCUGGCUAGCCGAAUGACCAAGGCCGUGGGUGAUGACGAGUCCAUGUUCAAGAGCUUGCAAGAGGUGGUGCAUCUGUUUGAGCUUGCUCAGACCUCGGUCUUCAAGUUGAUGUCAAGUGACUCUGUCCCUAAGUUCCUCCGCGAUCCCAAGUACUCUGUGGUCCUCCAGGAACACGAUGUCGACAUUUUCGGCGGGUCGCGCUCGUACUCACCGACCCCUGGUGUCCCGGAACGCAGCAUGAGCCGCUCUGCACGCUCAUGA